AUGGUGAAGUGCGACCGCCACGGCAAGUACAUGGCCUGCUGCCUCCUGUACCGCGGCGACGUCGUGCCCAAGGACGUGAACUGCGCCAUCGCCACCAUCAAGACGAAGCGCACCAUCCAGUGGGACUGGUGCCCCACGGGGUUCAAGGUCGGUAUCAACUACCAGCCUCCUACCGUGGUACCUGGAGGCGACCUGGCCAAGGUAUCCCGGGCAGUGUGUAUGCUCUCUCAACACCACAGCCAUCGGAGAAGCUUGGCAUCGUCUGACCACAAGUUUGACCAGUACGCCAAGAGGGCUUUCGUGCACUGGUACGUGGGCGAGGGCAUGGAGGAGGGCGAGUUCUCCGAGGGCUCGCGAGAUCUGGGCCUCGAGAAGGACUACGAGGAGGUCGGCCUCGAUUCUGCUGAGGAGGCCGAGGAGGAGCCCGAGGAGUCUAGGAGGACUUCGUUGAGGAUUUCCUCUUUGGAAGGAGGUUUUCGAAAUUCGACACGGGCGUCUCGCAAAUACAAAGUGGAUACAUUACCCGAGACAGUUUUAGAAGCCCUGAUGGCAAAAGUUUCAUUAGCUGCAACACGUCCAAGAAUCUGGCUGUUCGUCCUGAAGUCCAAGUUGGGUUUCUCGAACUCCGACUCGUAA